AUGCCGGAUUCUUCAUUUAUCCCUCCCUUACAUAUACAUUCAGAAAGUGCUGCCACCGAGACGAACGCGGGAGAACCGAACACUCCCCAUGAACGUCGCUUUGAGCGGGAAACCCAUCUCUCGCCCUUAAUGACGGGAACGAACAUUUCCCCCAUUAGUAAGACGACCACAAUCUUCUCAAAUCAAGCUUCUUCAAUGGUCGGUUCGACAGGUUCACGACGUACUUCCGUGACUUCCGCACCACCCUUAACACCUCACUCUGCUGCUUCCAACGGGGAGCAGUCGGACGAUGAAGAACUCAUCGAUGCUCUGAUGGAAUGGGUAGGAAGUGACUGGGGGUCCUCUCAAGAAAUAUCUGGCAAUUCGAUGAACAGCUCUGGGAAAUCGGGGGAUGAGGCGAGUGUAGAUAGGGAAGAGCUCAUUGACGCUUUCAUCGAAUGGGUAGACGGUGAUUGGAGUUCUUCCUUAGCUACAUCAUACAAUUCACUCAACAUGCCUCCUCAUCCAUUACGCCAAAGUAUGAUUCCUCCCAGUGCUCCUUCCACAUCCUCCUCUUCCGCUUCUUCCCGUCGGUCAUCUUCCACUCAAUCUAUCACUUCCGUCAGAAUGUCACCCAAACCUAUGGAAGAACAACCAAAAUGGUUUCUCUCACCUCAUCACAUCCGUACUUCUGCCUGCGCCUGCUGUCGUCAACUUCGCAACAAUUUCCCAGCUCAAGAGUUCUUGAACACAACAAAUGAUCGUUUUGCCAAAGUCUACCACCGGCUGCUUUCCCAUUCUCCACCCGAGGCGGUGGCUGUCGCGGGUGAAAGAGUCGCAAGACAGCUUCGACAAGAAGGAUGGGAACUUACACAUGUUGUGGGUAAAGAACGUCCUUCAGAGGCACGAAGAGAGAUCAGUAUAUACUUUCUCGUACCUUGCAAUAUGGAGACAGGCGGAAGUUUGAGUCAUCGUUGGGUCGCAGAGGUUCUGGUCCACUUACACAAAGGAAAGAGGGAAGGCCAAGUUGAAACUGUCGCUAUACGUUUCUCGAACGAUUGGGAAGACUGGACGGUAUGUCAAGACAAGCAAGUUUUACGAGACGAGUCACAAAGUAUCAGUAUCGUUCACAACCCUCAUCCGGGAGGAGGACGUUUAGGUUCAAGUUUGGCAGGCGGUAGUGGAUCAACUUGGAGGAGGGGACGAAGGUUCUGCGACCGAUCUGGCGAGUAA